UUAAAACGAGAAGAAGAAGAAGAAGUUGUUUUCGCGCCGUGACCUUCAUGACGAAGCCAUGCUUUACACGUCUCAGUCUAGCGUUCAGUGCUGAGAAGUUUAGCCUUAGAAGCCUCAGGUGGACUGUUCUAGGAAUGACGCAGCUUUCCGUGUAAUGCCAAAUUUGUAGUGAGCUAGAGUCUUUACCAGUGCCCGAACUCGUGUACACGAUAUACUGAUUCACGACUUAAUGAGCUAGGGAGCUUGUUGAGACAUACCCAAAGACUGUCUGGCUGGUGGGUGAGGCGCCUCAGUGUUGCUGUUUUUGUUUGUUUGUUUGUUUGUUUGUUUGUUUGUUUGUUUUGUUUUUUAAGCCACAAGCUAGCCAGCUCUCUGUGAUGAGUGGUGUAUAUUUUCUCCGCAAACAGCGAACUGUAUAAUUAAUUUUAUUUAUUACCUAGCGAAUGUAUUUGUCUGUUGAUUGAAGCAUAAUUCGUUUAAAGCGCUGUUUUGUUUACUCCUGACGUUGUGAAACGUUCUUGAGCUCGGAUUUGAGGAGGCCAUCCCGAUUAGAAAUUCCAAGGUAGGAGUGCGGUUUCUUUGUUUUUCCUGGGCGGAGAAUGCGAAUUCCUAGUGGUUUUAUAGUUGAUUUUUGAGAGACAUGGGAAAGCGGUAUCACUGCGAUUACUGUGCUCGCAGCUUUCAAGACACGCUGCACAACAGAAAGAAACAUCUGAAUGGAGUCCAGCACCAUAGAGCCAAAAAAGCCUGGUUCGACAACUUCCGAGAUGCAGCUGCCAUUCUUCAGGAUGAGAGAGCAAAACAAGGAUGCAGAAAGUUUCUGCAGACAGGUCAGUGUGUAUUUGGCCCAAGCUGCCGGUACUCACAUAUGUCUGAACAGGAUAUAAAGGAUUUGGAGCAACAUAUUCAUGAAGAAAGACAGCUGAAGGUGGAUUUGGACCAGGAGGAAGCCUCCGCUAAACCUUCACUAGAGGAGUGGCUGUGCAGGAGAGAGAAGAGGGCAGCUCCGUCAUCAGGAAGGUAUUUUAAAUCUCUACGGAACAUUAAUUCGAUCACGCCUGGAUUAUGGAUGUAUAGUGUAUGGAUCAGCCAGGAAAUCGUAUACACGACUCUUGGACACAGUACAUCAUCAAGGCAUACGACUGGCAUUAAGAGCCUGUAGAACAUCGCAAACUCAAAGUUUGUAUGUUGAAGCAAAUUAACUUUUGCUGGAGAACGGACGACUCAAACUAGCGCUACAAUAUCCAACAAAGAAAACCCAGCUUACCAUCCUGUUUUCUCAACCCUUUCUACAAGCAUAAAUGAACAAAAACUAAGCUAUAUCUGACCUUUUGGACUAUGGCUCAAACCACAUUUACAAAAUCUCAAAGUAGAUCGGAGCAUACUGGAACAGAUGCACUUCUGUAUAAUCCCCCUCCCCCCUGGAACUUAAAAAUAAAUAAAUAAUCAUUUUAGACCUAACAAGAAACAAAAAAUCUGAAAUCAACCCAAAUGACUUUCAACCACUACUCUACAUUUUCAGAAAUAUAUUAUCACAUACCCCUAUAUAUAGAGAUGGAUCAAAAUCUGAAGACCAUGUAUCAUCCGCAUUUGAUCAACCACCAAAAAAAGGAAUAUCCAUCCCUAACUACAACUCACUUUUUACAGCAGAGCCAAACGUUAUCGUCUUAGCACUGGACUUCAUAAAGACCAAUGCACCAUGAACAAACUCCAUGAAAUCAGCCCUAUUGUUGGCAAAAUAAACAUUUCUUUGUUUUCAAAUCGUUUGGACCAGAUUGUCUACACCUGCUGGCGAAUAGGUCACUCCAGGAUGACCCACACGUUUUUAAUAUUGGGAGAAGACUCACCAAAAUGACUCGCCAGAAUCCAUUAUUCUUGAAACGUUUUAUUAAACUGUACUAGUCUUAACCCCGUGGUAAACCUUUUUUAUUCAGUCAACAAUCUGGAAGAAAGUUUUAACAAAGUCAAACCUAAUGCAAUUUUAGAGGUUUUAGGAAAAACAGAUUUUAAGAACCUUAUAUAGAGAUCCUUAGACAUUUCUCACCAUUAAAAUAGCCAUAGAAGCUGGCAUGACAUUAAAAAACAAACAUUCUUCUCAUACCACAGUAAUUUGCUAGCAUAUAUAAAAUUAAUGAAUGAUGUCAUAUUUUUCAGUCUUUUGCAGGAAUGUCUGCAAAACAAGUUAGUCAGUUAGGUUAUAUCAGGUAUAAACAGUGUGUGUAACAGUUGUUCCCCAAUCAGCAUUUCUUUCUUUCUCUCUCUUGAAAUUAUUAAGAAAGAAAAAAAAAAAAAUGAUGCAGCUUGUCAUUUUACUGAAAAACUGGUCCUGUUUUGGGAAUGUUUUCGUGUGAUUUGAAUUACUGUUGCCACUAUUCUCAGAGCUGCUGUUCAACACCUUCUGUUAGAAUAGAACAUUUAACGUCACUGUGUUUAUAAUUAAAAGGAACAGAAUUGAUACCCCCUUGCAGAUCAGAAUUUACUUAUUAAUCUACAAAAUACCUUGUGACAGUAUGACAUUAUGGUGGCAAUAUUAGAAUGUACUAAAUGUACUAUGACAUAAUGUCAUAGCAAUAUUUCAUGUGUGAUGUGUAUCCUGGAUUUCUCUACAGAAUUUAUACAGCAGAGUACUUUUAAAGAACAAAUAUAGCAGAUAAAAAUCUGAAAGUAAAAAAAAAAACUGUCUUUAUACAGACUUUCAACUGGGGGCUGUGAUGGAUCCAUUAGUUUUAGCCAAACAAUUUAGCCAUGGCAGUUAUGAGUCAUUUAAUGUUGACGUUCUAAUAAAAUGAAGUUAUUAGCAAACAUCUACUAUGAAUGUUUUGUACCAUUUCCACUACAAACCAUUGAGUAAACGUUGUUUACCAGGGAGUCAAUGAUCAGUUACUCAGUAUAGGUUGGUAUCAGACCAGUAUCGGCUUGACAUGCUGGGUCUUCGCCUGAUUGGAUUUGAUGUACUUUGUAAGGUGAUACAUUUUUGUGUGUAUGUGAGAUGUUGAUUUUUUAUAUAUAUACCCAUCUGAAGCACAUCAAUAGCCAAAAGCUCAUAACAGCAAACUGAACAUCAUAACAAAACAUUUAAAACUUUUAAUUCAAUUCAAUUUUAUUUGUAUAGCGCUUUUUACAAUAGACAUUGUCUCAAAGCAGCUUUACAGAAAUAUCAACAUGGUAUAUAGAUAUUAAAGGUGCGAAUUUAUCCCAACUGAGCAAGCCACUGAGUGGCGACGGUGGCAAGGAAAAACUCCCUAAGAUGUUUUAAGAGGAAGAAACCUUGAGAGGAACCCGACUCAGAAGGGAACCCAUCCUCAUCUGGGUAACAACAGUUAGUGUGGAAAAAGUUCAUUAUGGAUUUAUAUGAGGAAACUGUUAAUAUGAAAGUCAGUAUCACGUUGAAAAUAUGAUCAGUUCAACCCUGAUUAUUUACCUUUAUUGUUCAAAAUGUAAAAGUGUUUUAACUGUUCAUUGUGAUUCAAGAACAUUCAAAUGGCUUCACUCACAUUAGUGGAAGUCAUGACAUGAUUUUGGAAGGGUUAUUAAAGUACAUCCUGAAUGUUUAAGCUAUAAUUAAUGUUUUUAUUUAUUUAUUUGGUUUGUUUAUUUACCUAUAGGAACUAGUUUUAAAUUAGUAUCAUUUAAAGGACCAUGAAGGUCAGUAUAUUGGAGACAUGUAUGAGCACGAAAUGGAAUUCAACAAUACUAAUUUUCAUAAUGUCCACUCAUAAGUGAUUUGCAGAUUAAGUAUUUAGUUUUAACAUGACCUGGACCUUUUUGUG